GGAAGACACAAGGCCAGGUAGAUCGGUAUUUGUCAAACGAGGGCAGAGCAGGCUUUGCCCAGAACUCGUAUGGGGAUCUGUGAUAGGGGAGAGCAGAGAAGGAGCUGACCUCAGUUAAACACUCUCAGAAUGGCACUCUCUGAUCUCCCCAGCACACCCUUGGCCCUUGAAUACCUCAAUGAUUUUGACCUAAUGAAGUUUGAGGUGAAGCGGGAGCCCCCUGAACCCAGGGCCACCAGAAUGGUCCCUCCUCCCUCCCUUGGCUCUACACCCUGCAGUUCAGUGCCUCCUUCACCCACCUUCAGUGACCCUCCAGAGUCUGCGGGACCCCCUCGUCCCAGCUUGGAGGAGCUGUACUGGAUGGCAGCUUUGCAGCAGCAGAUGGGUGGGGAGGGACUGCCACUUACUCCUGAAGAUGCUGUGGAGGUUCUAAUGGGAGGUGGAGGAGCACCUACUCUUCCAGGGAUGGAUGGUGGGUACAGGACAGCAGGGCCGCACCCACAUAAUUCUCACCCUUCUGCUUACCUUUUAAGUCCAGAGGAAAUGAAUGCACAGCAGCACCAGCUCUCUCCGUUGUCGGAACGAUUCUCUGAUGAGCAGUUAGUAGGAAUGUCUGUGAGGGAAUUGAAUCGCCAGCUCCGCGGAUUCAGCAAGGAAGAAGCUUUGCGACUGAAGCAACGUCGCCGCACAUUAAAGAACAGAGGAUAUGCCCAAUCCUGCAGAUACAAGCGGGUGCAGCAGCGCCAUGUCCUGGAGACAGAGAAGUGUCAGCUCUCUCGUCAGCUUCAGCAACUCCAGCAGGAAGUGGCUCGGGUUACCCGUGAGAGGGAUGGAUGGCGGGCUCGUUAUGAGAAACUACUGAGUGCUACUGGAGGCGGGGCAGGGGCAGAUGUGCUGGGAGCAGGUGGGGAGACAGGGCCUGGAGCCGAGCUCUUCCUGUGAUCCCAAAAAUCAGGAGACUUUAUCCCAAAUCAGAGGAGCCGCUGCCAUCCAGAUUUACCAAGCUCUGGGAAGAAAAGACCCUAACCUUAACAAUAACUAAGAUCCUGGAGCGUUAAAUUGUGACACAAUGAAAAACUCAACCCCAUAAUUUCAUAUAAAGGAGAAAGACGUUACUGAUGAUUGUCCCUUAUUUACAUUCCCCCAGCUGGAUUCUGAAACCUCAAACAUGUUUUACCUUAAACCUCAACAA